CUGUUACGGUUGGAGUUGUCGAACGCACCCUAACGGACGGUCAGCAGCUGACACAGGGGCGUUUUUAUUUGGAAUACUCGGACCGCUUCAUUCCAGAUGAGCUCACACAUUAAGAGGUGCUUGAGACAAAUAAACCCGACGGGUGAAACGCCCGAGCUAGUGCUUUAAAGUGCUGUAGGUUGGGGCUAAGAGCUGAAAUGCUUGCGCUGCUUUAGUUAGCGGCAUGCUAGGUGACGUGCUAGCCGCAGCCACUGGGAGGAGAAGCUGCUUCAACAGCUGUUCUGAGAAAUUACACGUAGCUGCUUUGAGACAUUUAUACCUGUUUACAUUUUGGACUCGCUGCUCUUGCCUUCUUGGGUUACCCACGAAGAAUGGGGAUGUGUUUGCCGUGCCUUGGUGGAGCAGUGGACGACGUCGUUGUCACUCCAGAUCCGGAGACCAGGAGACAACAACUGGCUGAAGCUGCAGAGAAAAGACAGAAAGAGACAGCAUACAGGGGUGUCAAAAAUCCAGAAGCAGUUGAAAGGAAAAGAAAAAAACAAGAAGAAAUGGAGAAGACGGAGAUGACGUCAUCGGUGUCUGGAGGUGGAGGGCUGAAGUGGCAGGUGGGCUGAAGGAGUGAAGACACUGAGCUACACAUUAAAAGGCGAUUGACUUGAUAGAACUGCUGUCCAUUUUACAUAAGAUUUUUCCCGUUUCAAGACAAGCAACUUCAGGUUUGUGCUCAACGUGCGACAAUGUUUGGAUCAGAGACGAUACAUAUUGCCAAACUACACGAGCAGUCAGAUGUUCACUUGAGAUCAAUGCUGUCCGUGAACAUGAAACACUCAAUAAAUAUAAUCUGAUUUAUGAAAAUUCACCCUCAUGACCACUAAGUUUUUAAAUUUGAAAUCUUUAAAGAUUUUAUUGCUGGUGUUUGACUAAUUCAUAUGUAGCAUGGUUUUAAACGGAGAAUUUCCUUCUGUUUGAAGUGCUGACAGUCAGAGAAGAGCGAGAGCAGCGCUGUUAUGUGACGAGUUUUCAAAAACCCUGCGGUGCAUCAGUGAGUCAGUCAAGAGUUUCACCAAAAGAAUCAUUCUAUUGUUUCUAGAAGUUCAGCUGAGCUCAGAACGUUGAGUCGCAGGCGUCAUUAACCCAACUUCUGCACAUAAGCUCAGAUGAUACACUUUCAUUUGAAUGACAGUUAUUUUAAUGCGACCACAUCUGACAUGUUUGACUGAUGCUGCACUGUGUUGAUCUCAGUCGAGCAUUGUUACGAUUCAGCUACAUUUGUUUAACGAUAUCAACCCCUUAAAAAUGGUUUACAGAGCUGUCACUCUUCUUUGAUUGUCACUUUUUAAGGAAGGCCUCUUUUGUUCGUGUGAUACACAUUUCAGUUUGUUUAUUUCAUUCUAAUCAAAGCGGUUGUACAACCUCUAUUUAACAAUGUUUGAGAACUGCCAUAUUUAAGAAAGAUGCUUCUAUUUAAAUUGCGCAAAAGGCUCGCUCAGACUCCGGUGGAGUGUUUCAAGUGGACGUGAAGAAGAACUGUUUGUGAGGCGUUGACUUUGACUUGCUUAUGUGUCACAGUUUCUCUCUCCACCUUUAAAUGCUUCCCGGUGCUCAUGACUUUUUGUAGUCCAGUAAUUGCAGCCAAUGAUUUUUGCUAUAAUAAAUGAUAUU